AUGGGCAUUGAACAACCAGUGACAAAAGUUCAGGCACAACAGCAAGCAUGUGCCGCGUUGGCAUCUCUGAACAAGGACUCGACUGAUCAAUUCGUUCAAGCGUUAGUUGGCAUCGAAAAAGUGACCUCCCAAAGCAUUGCAGGAACCAUGUACAACGUCAAGAUGUACGUGGCCAACACAAACUGCAAAAAAAGCGAGGUGAAUGAAAAUAUGGCGGGUUGCAAGGUGACGGAACCAUUGCAAGUCCGGCUUUGUUCCACUACAAUAUUGUCGCAACCGUGGCUCAAACAGGACCCCAGCGUGAACGCUGUGCAGUGUCAGCAGCCACCCGAUGGCAAGGACCAGGGGCCCUGGCAACAGAUUGAUUGUUAA